UGAAGAAGCGGGCUUCUGUAAUUGGAGAACGGAAUCAGCGCGCUGCUGUGAUUGGAGGACUGUAUCAGGGCUGAUCGCGUUACGCUCAAGAGUGGAAUGUGCCCUCACAGAGGCACUACUAGAAAGAAAAGAUCGAAAGAGAUCGUAAAAUCAGAGAUAAACAUCCACUAAACCUGGGGAAUGUAAUACAAAACGUAGCCUGGAAAGAUAUACGCGAUUCACGCUUUAAGAAGACCUUCGAGAGAAGUCAAAUCGAUGCUCAUUUUUAAGGAUUUUAAGUUGUUUUCGUGGCUUCAUCAAUAGGUACUAAAAGGUUUUUCUGUGACUUUGCGGCUUUGCCCUGUAGAUUUGUUCCAGUCAGAAGCCUCUUAAUGUGGACACUUAUGAGUCUGAUGAUCUUUUACUGUACUACCCCCGAUCAUCAUGAACUUCCACACUUGCUACCCCGUAAGGGUUUUAAACUAGAGGAGGCUGUAAAGAGGUCUUGAAGCUUCGUCCCGCAGCUACAGUUUUACUCAGUCCUGUUGGCCACUUGAGUUGAGCACCACCACGACAGCCACAGGAUUCUGCAUCUCAGCCAACAGGAUGAAAAGUGACCCUGUCUUCUUCCUUGCCAUUUUGGGAGCUGGUGUCCUCCUCUCCCUGCAGGCCGAGGGUGGGCAGAACCCAGACUACGUGCUCCACGGUACUGGGGUCAAGCACGGAUCGGAUCCAAAGAAAGCCCAGUCAGGGGACGGAUCCACUGUGGCCCCCGAGGAUGCUGCUCGUUUCCUUACCUGCUACUGUUCGGGCCACUGCCCCGAAGAUGCAACAAACAACACCUGCGAGACAAACGGCCAGUGUUUUGCCAUCAUAGAGGAGGACGAACACGGCGAGGCUGUCCUCACUUCAGGCUGCAUGAAAUACGAGGGAUCCCACUUCCAGUGCAAGGACUCCCCUAAUGCACAAACCAGGCGAACUAUUGAGUGCUGCUCCACUGAUUUUUGUAACCGAGAUCUUCAGCCCACACUUCCACCUUUACCGAAUCUUCCUUUCUGGAAUGCCCACUUGCUGGCUUUCCUAGUGUCAGUGACUGUGUGCUGCAUAACUCUGGUCGCCAUAACCGUGGUGUGUUAUUACAGGUAUAAGCUGCAGACAGGAAGGAGACGGUACCAGAGAGACCUGGAGCAGGAUGAGGCCUUUAUCCCUGUGGGAGAAUCCCUCAAAGAUCUUAUUAGUCAAUCCAGCACUGGCUCUGGUUCAGGGCUCCCCCUGCUGGUCCAGCGCACCAUCGCAAAACAAAUUCAGAUGGUACGUCAGAUCGGCAAGGGGCGGUAUGGAGAGGUGUGGCUUGGUCGAUGGAGAGGAGAAAAAGUGGCAGUAAAAGUGUUCUUUACACGCGAGGAGGCCAGUUGGUUCAGAGAGACGGAGAUUUACCAAACUGUGCUCAUGAGACAUGAGAACAUACUUGGCUUUAUCGCUGCGGAUAUUAAGGGAACAGGAGCUUUUACGCAGCUCUUCCUCAUCACAGACUACCACGAGAAUGGCUCUCUCUAUGACUAUCUGAAAGAGACAACGCUGGAUACACAGGCUCUGCUAAGAUUGGCCUAUUCGGCAGCCUGCGGCCUUUGCCACCUGCACACAGAGAUCUACGGGACACAGGGCAAGCCUGCCAUCGCUCACAGAGACCUAAAGAGCAAGAACAUACUCAUAAAGAAGAACGGUACCUGUUGCAUUGCAGAUUUAGGCCUGGCUGUUAAAUACAACAGUGAUACCAAUGAGGUGGACAUUCCUCUGAGUACGAGAAUGGGUACACGGCGAUACAUGGCACCAGAGGUCCUGGAUGAGACGCUGAAUAAGAAUCAAUUUCAAGCGUACAUAAUGGCCGAUAUUUACAGCUACGGUCUCAUUGUCUGGGAGAUGGCGAGACGAUGCGUGACUGGAGGCAUUGUUGAGGAGUAUCAAAUGCCAUACUGGGACAUGGUACCUUCAGAACCAUCCUAUGAGGACAUGAGGGAGGUGGUGUGUGUGAAGGGCAAACGACCGGAGGUGUCUAAUCGCUGGAACAGUGAUGAUGAGUGUUUACGGGCCAUGUUAAAACUCAUGUCUGAGUGCUGGGCUCACAACCCAGCCUCUCGUCUCACAGCUCUUCGAGUCAAGAAAACCCUCGCCAAAAUGGUUGAAUCGCAGGAUAUCAAAAUAUGAUCAAUCCAUCCUCCAAUGUCAGUUCCUAAGCAUACCAGAGGAGGCGCUGCUGAGCAGAAUAUUUACCUCCCUGCAUGACUGUGAUUCGUCACACUGUUGCAGUUUCGCUGUUAGUCUUUUAGCACCCUCUGCUGGACAGUGCGUGCCACAACACAUCCACUAGUAGGAAGUAAGGAUGAAACUUUAUCAGUUGUCCUGCUUUCCACAACUCAAACUAGAGGAACCGGUACUCGCAUCCUCCUUGUUUCCAAUAAUUUCCUUCUGUACUUCAGGCAUUCUUUUAUGCAUUGGGAGAGAAAUGAUGAGCAUAUGGUGCUUUCUAUGAAAGCCGUAUAAUACGAUACAUCUGUAUGUGAGAUUUAAGACUCUGUGGCAUUGUUUACCAUUGGAGACCAGUAGCCACGCUUCAGGAGUAUUUGGGAGAAGGCAGAGGACUGACCCAUCUGUCUUUGACUGAGAAGCGGACACAUUCAGGGUGAUCACCCUCAGUCAUAUGUUUGGGAUGUUCCCCAGUGAGGCAAGCUAUAUAGCAUUACAAAAUGGACCUGAGAGAAUGCGUCCUUUUUAUUAACCAUUGCAAAUGUCCUGUGCCCCAUAUUAUCAUAUAUAUGUAUAAAACAUUAACUACAUCAUGUGAUCAAUAUCCUUUUUUAAGAAUUAUUCCUUGAACCACUUUUCAUUUGAAAUGAUCAGUUCAUCAGAUUCACAAAUACAAAAUUGGGUGCUAGCAAGAAAGUUUGCUGUGUUUGAAUGUAUUUUGCAAAGGCAAAGAUUGAUUUGAUCAGAUAUGUGUCCACUGUUAUGGAAAGGACGUUCUGUUCAGGAGUGAUCAUAACAACAGCUCUGGCUUGAAGACAUACAACCUGUCGAAGACGCUGCAGCUACAAAAGAUCUGUUUAGCUGAAGGAUGGUGACUGAUCAUUCUGAAUGGCAGAUCUGAUUUGGCCUAAUGCAGGUGUGUCUUUGCACACAGGUCUGAUAUGCCACAUGACCUUUGUUUUGUUUUACCCAGUAGCCACCUUGGUAUAUCACAUCUGACUUAUAAGUAUCAUGCUGGAUUUCCUUAUUUAAACAGUUUUGCCUUUCAUCUAACCUUGCCACCGCCUGGGAAUCAUGUGACUGAUGACGGUUUAAAAUCUGAAAUUUCAAUGCAAAUGCAUGUGCUAUUUAUUCAUGUCAUGUCAUAUAGUAGGAAUUAUUGUGAUAAGGAUUCUUUACCUGCAGGAUUAAUAACUGACGUUUGAGCAGCUCAACUUUACAAAUAUUAGUAUAAGAGCAUAUUUAUAACUUUUUGAGAUUAGCUAUUGACUUCCUAUCAAAGUGUGUGUGUGUGAAUUAUUAUUAUUAUUUUUAUUUCUCAUGGCUACCUUCGUUCCCCCAAUGUGUACUGUACAACCAGACAUUUUAUGUGUAAUUUACUGAAAGGUUGAGAUUUUUACUUCAUCUUUCAUUUACUGUAAACAGUACAUACAAUUUUUACUAUACUUUAAAGACUGACAAAGCAUUUUUACAGAACAGCUUAGUAACAAAUUUAAUUCAAAUGAAAUGUAUUAUUGGCAUCCAUGAAAAAAUGCAUUUCUACAAGUCUGAAACUAAAACAAUCUGGGAAAUAUAUGAAGAUUUGACACUUCUAUUGUGUAUGUUUGUGUACAGAUUUACCUUAUAAAUAAAUGAUAAAAGCAGAUGCGUAGUUAGUCAAAAAUGCUCGCAAUCGGCCAAAUGUUUUUUUUUUACGUAAUAUUGACAGGUAUGUGUUAGGGUUGGAUCUGAAAGGAUUUUUUGUUUUUAUGGAAAUUUUAAGUCUAUAAGAUGUCUUAACUAAUAUAGUCAAACAAGUGCGUGCGUGCAUGUGUGUGUGGAUGAAUGAGUGGAAGAUUCAGAGCGCUUGUCAUCCCCACUGCAUGUAUUUGUAUUUUCUUACUGUAUGAGCUGCAGGUCAUGUCUAAUCUGUCCAUUACAAUGAUGCCAGUUACUUUGUGAAUUUAGAUUAUUGAUGAUCUAAUUUAAGUUCAUCUUUAAACCAUUUAAAAUGAUUAUUAAACAAUGUUUUGUCUUAAAAAUGUAAUAUUAUCUAAUUAAUAGGAUCCUUUUAUUUUUAUUGUGCACAACAUCUGUUUUUUAGACGGGUGCAUUAUGUUUACCACAGAAAGCUGUUCCGUACACAGAAUUUGUCCAAUGUAACAAUUUUUAAGUAAAGUACCUUAUUUUAGUACACA